UGAACGUGGAACUUAUUGAAUGACAAUGCGGACGAUGUUAUGGGUUUUACUUUUUGCUAUCCAAAUAUUUCACAGUUGUGGAAAAGUAAUUCUGUUACGUGGAGAAUUAUGUCAUAUUAAUUCAUCUAUAAGUGAGAGAAAAUAUAUAUGUCUGUCAGAAGACGACGGCGGCGCACUUGUAUGGAAUGACGACUUAAUUCAUAGUCAAUAUCAGCAAGAAAAUCGUGCUGAUUUGAAGUUUCACAGUACACCUUCGUACAAUACCUGGAUAAAUUGCAAUUUAAACGCAAAAACAAGCUAUUUGGAAUCACAAAAUCAAGUAAGGAGAAUAAUACUAAAAAAGGUAAACAAUUUAUGGAGAAAUUACACAACAAUGAACGCAACAAUAAGUUGUUUGGAUUCAUGGGAUCGAAGAAAUUGGAGUUUUACAGAUGCUAUGAGUACACCUAUGGGUCCGAUAUUUGAUCAAAGAUGGGAAGACUUACAAGAACAACAAGUUCUAAAAAAAAAGUAUUUGUUUCAACUUUUAUCAGUUCCAAAAGUAGGAGCAAUAUCUAUUUCAAUUCGUUCAUGGCAGAAUGUGAACAUUGCUGUCUGUUUUUCUAUUCCUACGCAUACUGCGACAUUUGAUGUGAGAAACCUUUGUUUUAGAAUAACAUUAAAAUGCGAUAGUACGAAGUCCACGAUUGAAUAUGAAAACAAAUUUUAUAGAUUUACACGAGAUCUAGAUCAACAGCGUUCUUUCAACAACACAAGUUUCAAUCAAUUAUUACCACUAGUUGGAACUGAAUGGCGAACGUUCGUCAUUUCAUGGAAUGUUUGGAAAAGAAAUGUUUCUGUUUAUGAUACUAACGAUAAUAACAAAAUGCUUACAUUUGAAGAUACAGAAAAGUUUUCAAACAACUCAACUUUAGAUAAACAUUACGCUUAUAUUGACAUCUCCGAAGAUAAUUCCAUAAAAGCGUUGUAUCGCUUUCAUGAAUACACUUUCCUGUACACAGUUGAUAAGAAUGCUGUUUUAACGACUCGUUAUUAUAAACCUAAUACUCAGAAGAUAUGCAUACAAAUAUUACUAGGCUUAUGUGCAGAAUGUGAUGCAGACGUCGUGAUGAUUGAUUCCACAACUCAUAAAGUGUUACAAUCUGUAACAGCUAAAGGCUCAAUAAAUGCUGCAAUUCAUGGCUUACCUAUGUGGCAACUCGUUAAACUUGAUCGAGAUUUUCUCACAGACACUUAUAUUAGUGCGAUAAAAAUUCGCAUAAUUCCCAAACUUACGAAGCCCACUCACAAUCCGUUAUGGGCAAUAGCCCAUGUUCGACAAUGUCCCAAUAAAGAGGUUUUGAGAAAAGGAAUUAUUUUGCAAUCAAAUAACGAUGCUAUUCCGUUGUCGAAUAUAACUUGCCAAAAAUUAUUCUUUAAUGAAAAUACCGUCGUAAAUUCUUUAUCAAAAGCUUCAAACACCACAGAUCUAGAUGACAAAAUUUGUUCUGAGGAAAGAAUUGGGCCAGACUGUUCUUUUUCCUGCAAACAUGAUCUGAACAGUCCUCCUAACUGUAAAGGAACUGCAAUCUGUUACAAAUCUGGUUGUAUAUGUCCUCCGGGAUUUCAAGGUGAUACGUGUUCUGAUUUAUGUGACUACAAUUGGUAUGGAUAUAAUUGUGCAAACAAGUGCGGUUUAUGCAAAUCUUUUGGAUGUAAUAAAGUAACUGGAGAAUGUAUCAACGGAUGUGUUGAUACCUUGAAAAUAUUUUAUGUGCCACCCUUGUGUCAUAUAGGAAUAGAUAAGCUCACGGAACCUGAAAUUGUCUCUAUCACUUCAACAAGCAUCCGAAUUAAACUUCCUAUAAAGUGGAAAGAGGAAUAUGAAAAAAUACAAAUAAUUUAUUCGUUUACUAUUGCGGGAGAAAAUGAUUACAUCUUCACGCAGUCAUGGAAUAGACUGUUUCAAAAUAUGACAUAUUUGAUCGGAUACUUUAACAAUUUAAAUUUUGGUUCUGUUUAUUCAUUUAAAUGCAUAUUACUUGCAGAAAAUGAAAUAAUUGAAAGUAAAUGGCAAAGUGUGGAAACUGAUUGCGAACCAAUAAAAACUUUCGACGUACUGUCUACGGAAUACAGUAUAAUUAUUAAUUGGCAAAACGCUUCAGAUCAUCUGUUUCCAUGUCCAGUACAUUGGUAUCAUUUAACUCUCCAAAAUAGUAAUACAGACGAGACUAUUCAUAACUCAACAGUUACCACUUUUCCCUAUGAAGUGUCAGGUUUAUCACCAUAUACUGUUUUCAACGUGAUUGUAAAUCAUCCGCGACUUGCUCAUACAACCAUAAAACAUAGCUUCAUGUACUUCACUCAUAUUCGUACAUUACGAAGCGUUUCGACAAGAGUAUUAGAUAUUCAAUAUGUUGCCAACUCAAGCACACAAGUCACUCUGAAAUGGAACUCUCCAGAUCACUUAAAUAUAGUGCUGUAUGAAAUAACAUUAAAGAUUAUUUUGUACUAUGGUUGUGAAGAUUUAAAUGUACCCACACCAGUCAUUCCACCUAUUAAACAAUUUACAAACAAAACUGAAAUCAGUUUCUCAGAUUUACAUCCAUAUGCGUCUUACACAGCACAAGUGACAGCACAUGAAGUUCAAAACAGUUAUAGCGCAGAGAUAUCUUUUAAUACAAACAAAUCAGACAUACCAACGGAAGUGUUUACAGANUUAAAAGUGCACAAUUGGACAUUAUCAUGGCAGCCACCUAAAGAUUGCUCGACAAUUUCGGGACCAUUAAACGCUAAAAUACAAAUUAGCGGAAACAGCACUGUUGUAAAACAUUUUACUGCAAUCGAAUUUACAUCUCGCUGGUAUUUUGACUUAAACAUAAUACAUCUACCACUACUUAGUGACGAGCAAUAUCGAGCAACUAUUUAUGUAAUAAGAGAAUAUAAUAGUACAGAGAAUUCUUCAGCUUAUCAAGAUCUGUACUUCAGAACACCAUCCACAAAUCCACCUUCAAUAGCAAAUCUGGAAAUCAUUGAGAUUGAUACCCGUCAAGUGCCACAUGUACUAUAUUUGAGAUGGUUAAUUUCACUCUCAUCUUCAAAAAAACUAUUUCACUAUUAUAAUGUUACCUCUUAUUGCAAUCAAUAUGUCAAUUCUAUUAAGGCGACAAUUAAUAAGUUCUGCAAUUUAUGGGAUGAUUAUGUCUGCGUAAAACUUUACAAAAAAUGUUCCAACAUUCAGAUUUUUGAGAUACAUAAAAAUCAUACAGCUUUAAGUCUACCGGUUGGCGUAUCUCAGGAAAUGUUUACUACUACAAAGCCAGACAAACCUGCACCUGUUAUUUAUACAUUACACGAUAACAGCAUAAUCGAUUUACUAUGGUAUCAUCCUUGGAAGACAAAUCGUCACCUACAAUGUUUUCUCAUCAAUGUAGAAGAAAGUACUUCAUAUCUGAAACAGCGCAUUUCUCAAUCAACCGCGAUAAACAAAUACGAAUAUCCAGUGAAAGAAUAUAUGCGUAAUUAUACCAAACGUUUACAUUUAUAUCCGUCAACAUUGUAUCGAAUUUAUAUUCGAUCUAUGACAAUCACAAACGAGACCAGUCCGUACAAUUACGUAAAUGUACAGACACCGUCAACCGCAACGUUCGAUGACGUUUUGCACGACGUACCGAAUGAAUUUAAUUCUACAAUCUCGUUAAAAGUGCCACAUAUUCUUAAUGACACGUAUGAUAGUUGUAUGCACAUUAUAGUGAAAGGACCUAAUCGGUGCAAGAAUUAUUCAAAAAUAUCUGACAAUUUACUAAAACAGGCAAACGUGAAGAAGAAUGAUGUCGCUUGGCAAGCUGCUAAGAUUUCGGUCAAAGCCCGAAGAACAGGCGGUCCUAGGAUUGACUGGUCAAUGCGCGGGAUAACGGACAACCAAGCGUCUUGCUCGGGAAAAAAUGAAUUAGAUCUAAUUUAAAUUUGACGAGAUAAAAAAAUAUAAAAAUAGAUUUAACUAGAUCCAAAUUAACCCUUAACCUAUACCUGGGGUAGAAUUUACCCCAGGCACUUUUUGCACAAAGAUUAAGCUACGUAAAUCGUUUAAAAUCAUACUUGUGGCGCCAUUUAUCGGUUGUCGAAAUGUGUCUCUUUUUGUUGGAACACUUAGGCGUACUCACGGAGCGUCAGUCUGCUCCUGAUUCAAGAGAAGUUAUAGUUCGAAAUUUUGGGUUAGGAGUUAUCCCAUGUGUAGAGUAUGUAUGUUUUUCUUAUGAAAUUUUCAUUUUUCGUAUAUCAAAUUUUUGUUCAUUUUUCUCUCAAAAAUUUGGGCUUACAUGUAGAUAAAAAAACUUUUUUUUAAGAUAAAAAACAAGAACGAUGUGCCUUUUAUGCCGGCAUUAUAUGUGCGAUGACCACCGUGCAGCGCUUUGCACUGAUUGUGCUCGUACAGAUUAAAAAUCUAAUUCAA